AUGAAAUGGAAUUUUUUAAGGGAAUUCAUAAGUUUAAUCAUUUAAACAAACCUUUCACCAUCUUUAAAUAAUUCUUAUUUCACAACAUUUUAGAUUACAGUCUACUAUUUGUAGUUAACAUAUUUCUUAAUAAGUGAAAAUAAUGAAUACAUUUAUCGUUUAAUCAAUGCAUUAUCAAGGAUUAGUUUGAUAACUCCAUUAUUUAUAGAGAAAUAUGAAAUCAACUUAUUGAUUGGAGUCAUUAUAAUAGUAAUAAAUGUAAUUCCAUACAUAAUUGUAAUUUAUAGAAAAAUAAAGAAUGUGAACAAGGAAGUAGGUAAUAUUUCUAAAAGCAUAUUACAAGUAUGAAUAUUAUAAUAUUUACAGAUUGCAACGAUGAUAAUAAACUUUUAUUUUCUAUAUUUUACUUGGUUUCUGUAUUUACCUUAAUUAUACUAUAUUGGAUGGAAUUUUAUCUAAUAAGAAACCUCACUUGUAAUUAUAUCUAUAAUUGUUCUAAUUUUCACAGUAUUAAGUUUGAUAAUUUCGAAUGUUUAUUUUGUAAAUUUUGAAUUCAAUGAACAACAUUUAAGAAAGCAUUUUUCCUAUAAUAAUUUGAUUGCAUAGACUUUAGUGAUUCCAAUGGCUAUUCUCUAUUUGAAAAAUGAUGACAUAACAUAAUUAAUGAGUAGAACUCUACAUGGAUUAAUUUUAUUGAUGUAAAUUUAUGAAGCAUAUUUUUAAUUACCCUUUGGGUAAGUAAUUGAUAAAAUUAUUUUAGAUUUUCAUAAUAAGGAUAUAUAUUUAAUCGAGCUUUAAUGACUCAUUCGGUAGUAUUUCUGUUUUCUUCCAUUAUAGCGUUAAGUACUGCAAAUCCUCAUAGUUUGGCAACAAUAAUGCUAAUUAUGUAGCCAGUUGUAUAAUAUUUGUUUUAAAUUGUUUUUGAUAGCAAAAGAGCUAAUGCUUAUCUUUCAAUAAAUAAGACAAAUAAUUAAUACUAUGAACUAUUAUAUAUAGAAGAUUUUUUUGAAUUGAGUCAAUUGGCAUAGAAGAAUAAAACUAAGGAGAUUGAAUUAAUUUAAAAAUUCAGUCUUCAUAUGAAUAGAUGUCAUUCAACUAAAUGUUAAUGUAGAAAAAUAGGAUCAUUUAAAAUAUUAUUAUUUGAUGAAACUGUAUUAUUGAUUUCAUGUUUAUUUAAAGGAAGUUUUGAGAAACAUAAAUAAAACUGUUAGGAUUUAAGGGUUUUUGAAAUAUUCAGUUUGAAAUUCUUAACAUUUAUAAAUAAAUAUAAACAUAAUGCCCCUAAAACUUAUCAAGAAUUAAAGAUCUUUUUUUAGAAAAAGCGAGAUUAUUCAUUUUAUUUUAUAUAAAUGUGUUUAUUAUUAUAGUUUAUACUCUAAGCAUAAAUGUAGAAAGAUGAAGAUUAUAAUAUUAAUAAAGAGACUAGAGUUUCAAAUGUGAAAUUAUAGGUUAGCAAAAGUGAAAGAAGUAUAGUUUAAAAUCUCUAUUAAAUGGAGUAAGUGAAAUAAAAUAUGAUACCUCUUUUAACAGAAAUAAGUUAAUUUAAAUCUUAAUUUUGGAAGUCAUUUAAGGAAGGUAAAUUUUCAGAUUACAUUUAAAUUGAAGAAGAAAUAAAAAGAUUAUAGAAAUUAAGAGAUGAUGUAAUGUAUUAAUUUAAUAUUUAUUAUCAAAUAUUUUAUCAUAAUGGUAGAACUUUUAAUGUGCAAUUUUUGAAAGUUGAUGCUUUAAUAAAUUUAUUGUUGUUUAAUAAUGUAAGAAAAUAUUUUGAGAUGGAGAAAGGUAAAUAAUAAUAUAAUAAUUAGAAAGGCGAGAAAUUCUUUAAUUUGAGAAGAGUAUGAAUUCUUUUGAAAUAACAAAUAUAAACUUUUUUAAAGGUGAAGCAAUAUCAGUAAAAGUAUGUAUAGCAUUUGGUCCAAAUAUAGGAAAGGUUUUGAAUAAAGUAAUAUCUCCUUUGAUUCCAAAAUUUUUUGGGUUUGGUAAUUUUCCAAAUCCAAUUAAUUCAUUUAUUGAUUUCACAAAAGGUAAUAUAAAUACUUUGAUGCCAAAUUGGCUUGAACCUAUUCAUGAUGAAAUAAUGUAAAAUUAUAUAAGGAGAGGAGUAACAGCAAGAAUUGGGAAGUAUUUUUAAACAUUUGCAAAAUUAUAUGAUAAAACAUUGAUAAGAUGUUAAGUUUAUUUGGCAAAUAAUUUUAGUUAAGAAUUAGAGGAUGAUUUUACAAUGAUAGGAUGUUUAAAAUCAUUAGAAGAAGAGUAACCAAAGUUUAAAGGAGAUGAAGGAAAGAAAUUAAAGAAUAUAGCAUUUAAGGGUGCUUAACAUAUAUUAUUUGAUGUAAAUGGAAAUAUUAUGGGUAUAACAAAAGGUUUGUAUAAAAUGAUAGAGAGAUUAUAGAGAAUGGUAACAAAUAAAAAAGAAGCAACUUAUUUUGAAAAUGAUGAGAUAAUAUGUAGAUAAAAAUCAAAGUCAGAAAAUUCUUCAUUAGAAUCUGAAAGGUAUUUAUAAUAAAAUAUAUUGAGUUAUGAUGUAUUUGAUUAGAAAUGGUCAAAUGCAAUAUUAUAAAUAGAUGAUUUUUAUAAUAAGGUAUUGAUUUGGAUGAUUUUACCAUUUAUUUCAAGAGAAAUAGAAUCAACAGGGAUAGAAUUCUUAAUGAAUGGAUAGAAUGCUCCUAAAAAUAGAUAUGCUAAUUUAAUUGAUUUAGAUAAUGGAAAUUAAGUUGUUUAGAAUAAGGAAACUUAUUUAUUUAUACCUGAAGAUUUACAUUUAUUUGUUCAAUAAUAUGAGAAAGUAAUAUCAAAGAUUGUAGAUGAUUUAAGAGUUUAAUCAAACAAUUUUUCUUCUGGAAGUGCUUACAGAUAAAAAAGUGAUUAUCAAGAAAGUGAUUAAUAAGGUUUAGUUUAAGCAGUUACUAUUUUUAAUGAGAAAUUAUGUGUAUUUUUUUAUGAUGAACAUUUGAAAAGACAUUAAGCAUUAUUGUUUGGUUAAACUAGAUAAUCAGAAAUGCAAAAGAGUUAAGGAAUACCUUCAUCAAAAUCAUCAAUACCUGAUAAAUAGACAAUAAGUAGUGAAGAAGAUAGUGAAUAACUAAAAACUAGAGCUGAAAAGAUAUAUUAAGAUAGAUACUCUAAAUAUAUAGAGAAAUUUACACCUUAAGAUUUUAAUCCAAUACCAGUUGUUUAUUCUGUAUCUUAUGAGGAAUAUCGAUAUAAGAAAAAUGAUACAGAUCUUAAAUAAUAAAUGUUUGUAAUUGAAUUGAUUGUUAAUGAUUAAUAAUUGUUAAAUACAGAGAAGGGAUAUAAAAGAUAAUUAAGAGAGACUAUCAAGUAGACUUAUUAAAAUUACCAAUAGAAAAAGAUGUUGUUAGAAUAAAGAACAGAAGGAGGAGAAGAUUCUAUGAGUAUAUAAGGUAAUAUUAGUGAAUAAAGAAGUAUUCAUGAAGGAGACGUAAUUAAUUAUAAUUUUCCAUCUCAUCCUUCUCAUUAUUAUGAAGAUAUAUAUUUUGUAGAAAAUAAUUAGAUUCUAUAAACAGAUUAAAUUUAUAGUCCUAGAUAAGAUGGUAAAUCAGAGGGUCUUCUUUUAAGUGAUAGACAUAGACAAAGUAAACCAUUAUUAGAUAACGAUACAAAAACUUAAGGAGAAUUCAAAAAAAAGAGUCAUUUCUCUGUUAAAUCAGAACAUAGUAGAGAAGAAAUCUAAUUCAAAGGAUCAUACUAAAAUUUGAAAUUCCCAGAAAAAGAAAUUGCCUUAAAAACACUUAAUAGAAUUAAUUAAAAAAAAAAACAAUAAGAUUUCUAUAAUGAUAAUGAAUCUAAAAUGCCAAUAGAAAGCAAAGGCUCUUAAUAAUAAAUCUUUGAAGAGUUUCAAGUCAAAUAUUCUGAUGGAUUAAAACUUUUUGAUUCAUAAUUUAAAGUUGUCGAACAAAAAGUUUUAGAUAUGAAAAAUCCAAACUCUUACAAAAUUCAAAAUUAUUUGUUGAUUACAACAUUCAUUCUAAUAAUUAGUUAUAUUAUCCUUAUAUCAGUUGCAGUAUAAAAAUAAUAUGAUCUUACUGAAUGUUAUAAUUUACUUGAAUUAAUGAUAGCAACAUAAAAAUCUUAUUCUUAAAUUACUCAUAGUUUAUAUCGACUUGAAUUAUCAGAUUUAUUACAAAUUGAUAAUAUUGAUAAUUUAAAGUAAUUUUAUGAAAAGUAAAUCUUUUCUGAAUUAUAAGAAUUAAUAGAUAUUUCAAGUAAUUAAAUUAUUGAAAUAAAUAAAGCAUAAGUGAGUUUAGAUUAAUUUUAUGAUAUAGAAGAUGAAGUAUAGAUGUAACCAACAUUUUAAUAAACUAUUCAAUUCACACUUGGAUAAUUUUAUAAGUUAAAGUAAAAUGAAACAAGUAAUAUUUUAAAAUAUAAUACCUCUUUAACUUUAGCAUCUGUUGCCAAUCUUGAGGGAAUUGGAUAAUUACCAUAAAAGGCAUAUGAUUUGUGUUUUGACUAUAAGAUUUCAAAAGAAAAUAAUUAUUAGACUCUUUUAAUCAUUUACAUGGUAGUCAUCUUUUUCUUAGUUAUGAUUCUAUAAUUCUCUCAUAUUCCAUUAAUUGGAAAAUUAAGAAAGAAUCAUAGAACAUUUUAUAAAGAAAUUUUAAAAUUAUAAUUGAAUGAAGUCAAUGAUGAAAUAGAAAUUUAUGAAACAGUUGUUGCAAUAUUUAAAAAAUCUAUUUAUGAAUGGAUGUUAAUUGAUUUUGUUUAAGAAUCUUAAAUGUUUGAGAGUAGUAGAGAACAUAAAAAAAAGGCACUUACUCCAGGAAGAGAGAUGCAUACUGAUAUUAGUUCAGGAGCAGUUUCAUAAUCAAAUAAAAAAAAUAAAUUUAAAUUAAUGGAGAAAUUACAGAAAUCUUAAAUGAGAUAAGUAAAAUAUUUUGUAAUUUUAAUGGUUGGUUUAUUUGUUAUAUUAGCAUAUUUUCUAAUAAUAUUCUUAGUUAUUUUUAUUUUAUCAAAAGAUCUAUUGUCUAAUGUAGAAAUUCUAUUUAAAUUUAAAUUGGUUUAAUCUUCAGUAAUUAAUUUAAUUAAUAAUAUGGAUUUGGUAGCAUUUUCAAAUGUUAAUAAUAAAUUAUUUGAUAAUAUAAUGUCAGUAAAGAAUUAUAAAUCUUAUGCAUCAGUUUUAAGUGGUGAUACAACAGAUUACUUUGAAUAAUACUCAAACUAAUUUCUUUCAGCAUUAAGAGAUGAUAAUUUAAAAAAUGAUCUCGAUAUUAUAAAUUAAGAUAAUAUAUGUGAGAAUGGAAUAGGAAUUGAUUGCGAAUAAUCUGAUGCCAUUAUAUUAAAUCCUUGGCUUCUACCUUAUUAUUAAUAAGGAUUAAAAUCUUUGUUUACAUAAGUUGAUAAGAUUAUUUCUCAAUAUCCUUAAUUUUUUGAUGAUACAAAUGUAUAAAAUAGAGAUGAAUAAAUUGUGGAAUUUUAUUAAAGUUAAGAACAUUUAAUUUACAUAGAUUAUGGAAGUGAAUUAUUAAUUAAAGCUUAAAAGUAAAUAAUUGACACUGCUUAUAAGUAAUUUGAUUAAUCUUUGAAUUUUUACAAAUAAACAUUGUUAAUUUUUACAUUAAGUGUAGGAGUAGCAGGAUUUUGUAUAAUAGGUUUUUUAGGAAAUAUAAUAUUGAAGAUGUAAAAAGAUUCAAUAGAGACAUGUUAGGCAGGUUUAUUAUUAUUAUCUCCAAAACGAUACCUAAAUAAAUCUAUGGGUUUAUUAACAUAAAAAAAAUUGUGA